AUGUCGAGUUCAAAACCUUCUAUUGAUGACACGUUAGGUAAUAUUUUGCCUUCGUAUGGUAUGUUCACCUCAACCGUAGGAAUGAAUGUUAAUGUACCUGAAGUUACAGAAAAUUAUGACAUUCAACCUCCUACUUAUAUUCCUUCUAGUAGCACGGCCACAUCUGAUAGUACUUCUUUAGCUACUACUUCACAUGUUUCUAGUGCCUUUAAUGAAUUGUCAAUGGGUUCUUCUAGAACUUCUGUAAGUGGAUCCGUCGCUGAGCGUGGAUCUACAUCAUCUACAUUAGAAGGUAUUGAUGAAAAUGGUUCAUUCAUUAUUGCUGAUGAGAAUACUGGAUCUUGGAGAGAAACUAUUUUAGAUAAUGUUCAUCGUUUACCAAAUAUGACAUUCGAAUCACACAAGAUUUCUGAAGCUGUUAAUCUUGAAGUUUAUUUUACUAAAGAUGUCGGUGUACCUGGUAAAAAACCUGAAUUGAUUCAACCAGAAAUAUAUGAAUAUAAACAAGGUGAUUUCUUAAAUGGUUAUAUUUUAAUUAAAAAUACAUCUGAUAAACCCAUCCCUUAUGAAAUGUUUUAUUUAUUAUUUGAAGGAAAUUUCAUGAUUGCAAAUAAAAGUGAUGUUCUGGAUAGAGUUCCUAUUAAGAUUAGAAAAUUCUUGGAAAUGUUUGAUUUUUCAGCUAGUUGGAAUGAAGGUACAGUUACAAGAUUUGCUAAUGAAACUGUUAUUGAUCAUAAUGCUUGUACUAAAGCAAUUGAUCCUAUUGAUGGUACUAGAUUAUGUUUUGGAUUGAAAAAGGUAAUCCAACCUGGUGUUACAUAUAAGAGAUAUUUCAAUUUUAAAAUUCCAAAUAAUCUUUUAGAUUCCGAAUGUAAUGAUCAUGGGUUGUCGAAACACGUUGAUUUACCACCUACUUUAGGAUUGUCAAGAUGGGAAGUUGCUCAUUAUCCAGAGAGAGCUAUGAAUAAAAUCAAAGAUUUUUCUAUGAUUAAUACUUCUGUUAGUUACGGUGUAAUGGCAAGAUUUAUUGGUAGAAAAUCAACUUGGGAAGCUGAUUUCGGUAAGAUUAACACAACUGCUGAUGAUACUAGAAUUAUUAACUCCAAAGGUGACGAAUAUAUCAUUUUGAAAGAAUUGACCAAUCAUUUCCGUGUUAUUCAAAAAACGGCUACUCCUACAGAUAAUGAACGAUUAAUGAAAUUAUUGGAGAAUAAAUUAAUGUAUAAUAAUAUGAUUCUGAGAAUUAAAGAAAAAAUCGAUCAAGGAAACCAAUUGAUUAAAUCCAUUGAAAAUGGUGAUUACACUGGUAGUAUAGAUAUUGGGAAACAGCUUACUGAAACAGAACUUGAAUUGGCUAAAUGUAGUCAGUUGUAUAGACCACGUAAUCUUCGUGAUGCUAAAUUCAAUCCAGAUAAGAAAGAAUAUUAUGAAACAUUUUUACCAUUAACAAAGAAAUCAAUUACUGGUACUAAAAAUUUUGGUACUUUAAGAAUGGCAACUCCAAAACAAGAAUAUUGUGUUUGUUAUGUUCCACCAGUUAGAUUUAGAAAUCAAUCUAUUGAUAGACUCACUCCAUCUUGGAAAUUUGAAGUUCCACUUGAUUUAUCAAUUAAAUUACCUUCAUUAAGUUCAAAAUCAUCACCGCAACUUCCAACUAUAAAGUCGAUUUCUGCUGAAUUUGUUAAUUUAACAAUUAAAUCGGAAAAGCUUGCUAUUCCAAUUGAAUUCAACCAUGAUUUGAUAUUUAAUAAAGUAAACACUGGUGAGUUUACUGAUCGUGAUCUUUUCAACACCAACAUCACCAAACAAUUUAGAAAAUAUUCCAAUGAAUUAUACAAAAUUGUUCAGCAGUUAGGUACUGAAAAUUUUAGAAUAGAACGUCAAUUAGUUGAUGAUUUGAAAGCUAUGUGCAAUCUAGAAGAUAGGUCUUUGAACAUGCCAGUAAGAGAUUUCAAAGUUAAUGGAAUACCAUUCAAGAAAGAUUCAAUCAGAUGGGAAAUCAAUCAAGAAUCAGCUAAUGCAUCAAUCAACUUAGGAAUCAAUUUAGAAAGUAUGAUCUUAAAAGGUGAACCAAAUGUUAAUGAAACAAGUAAAUCAUAUGAUAGAUUUACAUUAGUUCCAGAUUUUCAAUCUUGCUUUAUGAGUAGAAUGUAUUAUAUUAGAUUAACUGUUCAUUUAUCCAAUGGAAGUUUCUCAAAUAUUAAAGUUCCAGUCAGAAUCCAGAAAGUUUUAUAA